AUGGAGCGUCACUACCAUUUUAGCCAUCAACAUCCAUUGGAGUUCAUCGAACAGCACACCCUUAAAAGUGAGAAGGCCAAUUGCUCAGGAUGUGGGGAGUUGGUCUCAGGUCCAAGCUUUAGUUGUACAGAGUGUGGGUUUUACCUUGACAAGAAAUGCUUCGAGGCCUCCUCAGAGUUUGUUUAUCAUUGUUCAUGUAACUUAGACUUUCAUAUAAAAUGUGCUUUGUUUUCAAAAACCAUUGCUGAAAAUAAGGUUGGGGAGCUUGAAGGUGUUUCCCAAAAGGAUCUAUUGGUCUCUUCAGAAAAUGGUUCUGAAGAACUUGAAGAAACCGAUUGUUCACCUUGUGAGUUUACCCUUCAUAUUGCAUGUGUUGAGCGACCAACUACACUUGACCUCCCAUGUCACCGUGAGCAUUCUCUUGUUUUACAGCUCAAUUUGAAAUCUCUCCUUUGUCAAAUCUGUCAUGAAACACAUGAUUUGUCGCCUGCUUAUUAUUGUUCCGCAUGUAAGUUUGGCCUUCACGUUCAAUGUGUCCCUCCGGUACCUACUAUCAAAGGUGAAAUUCAUGAACAUCCAUUCACCUUGUUUUGGAGACAAGUCCCUUUCAUUUGUGACGCAUGUGGAACGAGUGGAGAUUGUAUCUCUUAUAUUUGUUCUCCAUGUGGCCUUAUAGUUCAUGAAAAGUGCAUUUCAUGGCAAUCCAUCAUCAAAAGGUUUCCACGACACGGUCACCAAAUUUCCCACACAUUCAUCCAUAGGAAACAUGAGAUCAAAUCUUGGAAAUGCCAAAUUUGCUAUGAGGAGGUGAAUUCGAAGCAUGGAUGUUAUUGUUGUUCUGAUUGUAAUUAUAUUGUCCAUAGAAAUUGUGGAAUAAAAGAUUACAGCUGGUACAACAUAGUCGAUGAUGAGUUGGAAGAAACAGGUGAGUUGCUUAACAGUUCAGCCUUGGUUGUUAUUAGAGAGACCAAGCUUGGAGAUAAUAUUGUCAUACCCACAGAGAUAAAACAUUUAAGCCAUCCUCACAACUUAAUUUUCAGCAAUGAUAUUAAGGAUGAUAAAUAUUGUGAUGGCUGCGUGUUGUUCAUCUCGACUUCAUUUUACCAUUGUGCACAAUGUGAUUUCUUUCUCCACAAAUCAUGUGCCGAAUUGCCUAAGAAGAUGUACGAUUGGCAUGAUAUUCACCAACGUCCCCUCACCCUUGAUUUACAUGCUGAUCCUGAUACAUGCGUUCCUUGUGUUAAAAAUUCGGAUACUUUCACGUGUCAAGGGCAUGAACACCGCCUUUUCUUUUACGAAAAGUAUGAAGGGCAAUGCAAUGGCUGUGGAGAAAAUCUACAGUAUGCGUAUGCUUGCAAAGAGUGCAAGUUUGCUUUGGAUUACACUUGUCUUACGCUUCCCGAAAAGAUUCAGCACAAGUGUGAUGAACAUCCCCUCAUGCUCACAUACGUUGAAGACAACAUUUAUUCACAGUACCAUUACUGUGAUAUUUGUGAAAGAAGAAGAAAUGCAAGCCGUUGGUUUUACCGCUGUGCAAUUUGUGACAAUUCAGCCCAUAAAGAUUGUGUUAUUGAUGCAUACUCAUAUAUGAAGCUCGGAAAGACCUACACAGCAAAGGAUCACCCACACCCACUCACUUUCACCCGAAAGAUCUAUGACUACCCUCCUGAAUGCCAUAUAUGUGAGGAGCAUUGCGAAGAUCUAUCUGCUGAGUGUCUAGAGAGUGGGUGUAACUACAUUGUUCAUUGGAAAUGUAUAGACCCUUAUAGAAAGGAUAUCUUACGGAAGUUGAGGUGGCGGCCCAAGGGAGAAGACGAAGAGGUUCAUGAUUGAUAGCACCCAAUGCUACUUUCUGCACCCAAGUUUCUGGGAAAAAAAUCACUUUGUUG